UCCACAAUGCCUGUGCAGGCAGCUCAGUGGACAGAAUUUCUGUCCUGCCCAAUCUGCUACAACGAGUUUGAUGAGAAUGUGCACAAACCCAUCAGCUUAGGUUGCUCUCACACUGUCUGUAAGACCUGCCUGAACAAGCUUCAUCGCAAGGCAUGUCCUUUCGACCAGACUGCCAUCAAUACAGACAUCGAUGUGCUUCCUGUAAACUUUGCACUCCUCCAGUUAGUUGGAGCCCAGGUACCUGAUCAUCAGACAGUAAAGUUGAGUAAUGUAGGAGAGAACAAACAUUAUGAAGUAGCAAAGAAAUGUGUUGAGGAUUUGGCACUCUACUUAAAGCCAUUAAGUGGAGGAAAAGGUGUUGCAAGCUUGAAUCAGAGUGCACUGAGCCGUCCAAUGCAAAGGAAGCUUGUGACACUGGUGAAUUGUCAGCUGGUGGAGGAAGAGGGUCGGGUUAGAGCUAUGAGGGCAGCUCGAUCACUGGGCGAGAGAACCGUUACAGAACUGAUCUUGCAGCACCAAAAUCCUCAGCAGCUUUCUGCCAAUCUUUGGGCUGCUGUCAGGGCACGAGGAUGCCAGUUUCUAGGACCAGCUAUGCAAGAGGAGGCACUGAAACUUGUAUUACUGGCACUGGAAGAUGGCUCUGCACUCUCAAGAAAAGUUCUGGUACUUUUUGUUGUACAAAGGCUAGAACCAAGAUUUCCUCAGGCCUCCAAAACGAGCAUUGGUCAUGUUGUGCAGCUACUGUAUAGAGCAUCAUGCUUUAAGGUUACUAAAAGGGAUGAAGAUUCUUCUCUGAUGCAACUUAAAGAAGAGUUUCGGAGUUAUGAGGCUUUGCGGAGAGAACAUGAUGCCCAAAUUGUUCACAUUGCCAUGGAAGCAGGACUUCGAAUAUCACCAGAACAAUGGUCUUCCCUUCUUUAUGGUGACUUGGCACAUAAAUCACACAUGCAAUCCAUUAUUGACAAGCUCCAGUCUCCAGAAUCUUUUGCAAAGAGUGUACAAGAAUUGACAAUUGUCUUGCAGCGCACGGGGGAUCCUGCAAACUUAAACAGGCUGAGGCCUCAUUUAGAGUUGCUGGCAAACAUAGAUCCAAAUCCAGAUGCAGCAUCUCCAACAUGGGAGCAGCUGGAAAAUGCAAUGGUUGCUGUAAAGACUGUGGUGCAUGGGCUGGUGGAUUUCAUUCAGAAUUACAGUAGAAAAGGCCAUGAAACUCCACAGCCACAACCAAAUAGCAAAUAUAAAACAAGUAUGUGCCGAGACCUUCGACAGCAAGGGGGAUGUCCAAGAGGAACAAACUGUACAUUUGCUCAUUCUCAGGAAGAGCUUGAAAAAUACCGCUUGAGGAACAAAAAAAUCAGUGCAACAGUGAGAACAUUCCCCCUUCUAAAUAAAGUUGGCGUAAAUAGCACCAUCUCAACCACAACAGGAAACGUAAUUUCUGUCAUAGGAAGCCCUGAAGCAACAGGGAAGAUGGUGCCAAGUACUAAUGGAAUAGCUAAUCUAGAAAGUGGUGUUCCCCAAUUGAUCCCUCGCUGUGCAGACACCUCCUUGAGAGCUUUGGAGAACACCAAGAAGGGAGGGAAGACUGGAGCCAAUGGCCAGAAUGUUUCUGGAUCCCCUACAGAAUCACUACCUGAAAAUAAAAUUGGUUCUCCACCCAAGACUCCUGUAAGCCAGGCAGCAGCUACCUCAGCUGGUCCUCCUAAUAUUGGAACAGAAGUUAAUUCUGUGCCUCCAAAAUCCAGCCCAUUUGUUCCCAGAGUACCUGUCUACCCUCCACAUUCUGAUAAUGUUCAAUAUUUCCAAGACCCUAGGACUCAGCUGUCAUAUGAAGUUCCACAGUACCCACAGACAGGAUAUUAUCCACCACCUCCAACAGUACCAGCUGGUGUGGCUCCCUGUGUUCCUCGCUUUGUGAGGUCCAAUAACGUUCCAGAAUCCUCCCUCCCACCUGCUUCCGUGCCAUAUGCCGAUCAUUACAGUACAUUUCCCCCUCGAGAUCGACUGAAUUCUCCUUACCAACCUCCUCCUCCGCAGCCGUAUGGACCAGUUCCUCCUGUCCCUUCUGGAAUGUAUGCUCCAGUUUAUGACAGCAGGCGCAUCUGGCGCCCACAGAUGUACCCACGAGAUGAUAUUAUUAGGAGCAAUUCUUUACCUCCCAUGGAUGUGAUGCACUCAUCUGUCUAUCAGACAUCAUUACGUGAGAGAUACAACUCUUUGGAUGGGUACUACUCUGUGGCUUGUCAACCUCCAAACGAACAGAGGACUGUGCCUUUACCAAGGGAGCCUUGCGGACAUUUGAAGACUGGUUACGAUGAGCAAUUAAGACGGAAGCCAGAGCAAUGGGCGCAGUACCACACGCAGAAAACUUCUCUGGUAUCGUCAACCCUUCCUAUGGCAACACCAUCUCCAACACCACCUUCUCCUCUCUUCAGUGUAGAUUUCAGCACAGAGUUCUCAGAGAGUGUCAGUGACUUGAGUGGAACUAAAUUUGAGGAAGACCAUCUCUCUCACUAUUCGCCGUGGUCUUGUGGCACUAUUGGCUCUUGCAUAAAUGCUAUCGACUCAGAGCCCAAGGAUGUGAUUGCCAAUUCAAAUGCCGUGUUAAUGGAUUUGGACAGCGGGGAUGUUAAAAGGAGAGUACAUUUAUUUGAAACUCAGAGAAGGGCAAAGGAAGAAGAUCCUAUAAUCCCAUUUAGCGAUGGACCGAUCAUCUCCAAGUGGGGUGCAAUCUCCAGGUCAUCCCGCACAGGUUAUCACACGACAGAUCCUAUUCAGGCCACUGCUUCCCAAGGAAGUGCUACAAAGCCCAUCAGUGUAUCAGAUUAUGUCCCUUAUGUUAAUGCUGUUGACUCAAGAUGGAGUGCCUAUGGCUCAGAUUCUACUUCAUCAGCACGUUAUGCAGAACGGGACAGGUUCAUAGUUACAGAUUUGUCUGGUCACAGAAAGCAUUCCAGCACUGGAGAUCUAUUAAGUAUUGAAUUACAACAGGCCAAAAGUAACUCAUUAUUACUCCAGAGAGAGGCGAAUGCACUAGCCAUGCAACAGAAGUGGAAUUCUCUAGAUGAAGGCAGUCGUCUCACCUUAAAUCUUUUAAGCAAGGAAAUUGAUUUGAGGAAUGGUGAGGUAAAGAAAGGGACUGAUUAUACUGAAGACUGUGCAGACACAAAGCCAGAUCGAGACAUUGAAUUGGAGCUGUCAGCCCUUGAUACAGAUGAACCUGAUGGGCAAGGUGAACAAAUAGAAGAGAUUCUGGAUAUACAGCUAGGUAUUAGUUCUCAAGAUGAUCAGCUGCUCAAUGGAACAACUGUAGAGAAUGGGCAUCCGCUAAAGCAGCACCAGAAAGAAUCUAUGGAACAGAAGAGACAAAGUUUAGGUGAAGACCUUGUGAUUCUGGAGGAGCAGAAAACAAUCCUGCCCGUAACUUCUUGCUUCAGUCAGCCGAUCACAACAUCUGUUAGCAAUGCAAGCUGCCUGCCCAUCAGCACAUCAGUCAGUGUUGGCAGCCUCAUUUUGAAAACUGCUCACAUUAUGUCUGAGGAUAAAAAUGACUUUUUAAAGCCUGUUGCAAAUGGCAGGAUGGUUAACAGCUGAAAGGCAUUCAUCUUUCCAGCUUGUGACCACACCAUGGAAGCAUUUACACUAGCUUUUUAUAUAUAUAAUAUAUAUUAUAUAAUGUAUAUUUUUUUUAAAAAAAAUAAUAUUGGGGUCAUGCAUUUCCUGUGGACUCUUUGAUACUUCAAGCCCCUCUCGCAUUAGCAUUCUGAAGAAAAAAAAAAAACUUACUUUACUAGAGUAAGGCGUUCACUUUCCACAAAUGAAUGGAAUUUGGACAUUGUUUUACUUAAGCUUAAAGCAGCUUUUUAUGAGUUUGUAGCAAUCCGGUGCGGUAUCUGAGCCAUUCUUGUUUAAAAUGGCUUCUGUAGAAAACUAACAACUCAGUUAUUUAAACUAGCAGGAUCCUACGAUGAUACAUCUAGUGAAAGGAAGAAUAACUUAUUUGUCUCUGUUUUGUUUCAUGAGAGAAGAACUUGUGUCUUGUUGCAGCUGCUUUUUCUUUAGUUGUGGAACUUUGCAUGGAGUAUUGUUUCCUGUUUGAAGACUGAGAGGUGGAGAUUUGGACUUGAGACUUUUACAGGGUUAACACACCAUUAGCUUUGCACUGCUACAUUAUUUGCAGGUCUGUGGUGCAGUGCUUUGCUGCAGCUUUUUGUUUCCAUUCCCCCCCCCCCCCCCCAAUUUCUGCUUUAGUACUGUAGAUGCACAUACACAGGCUACUUGUCCAAGUAAAGUUAUCAGAAGUAAACCAAGUGCCUAAGUCCUCCAGCUAAUGUACUAGGUAUUGAUUUCCCCAAGUUAUAUGUGAAACAAUUUUCAACCAUUUUGAGAGGUUAUGCACUAAUGUAACAGCAAUUUUGGUUUUUC